CUGGGGAUUGUACUUGGAGACUAGAAAGGAGCAUUUUACCGUUUCAUCCUGCAGAGUUGAGAGCAAACUCUUACCAGCUGGCUUGUCUUUGCCAUUUCAAGUGCGGAUCCAUUUGCAGAAAACGCACUCAUCCAGGGAGUCUGUCACAGUCUCAUGCGUAAAGACACUCGCUCUCCAAAUCGGUUUUACGCGCCGGAGCAGAGAGAAAGAGAAUCAGCUGCCGUUUUUGUGCACUUUUCUAAGAAAGAUUUAACUCAAACUCAUCCUGGCAAGAUAAAGUCGCUUUCAGAGGCUUUUUCCUCUCGCGAGAGCGCAUUAAUAACUCCCCCGUUUCACGCGUAAUUUGGCACCAAACCGUUUUUCGUAUGAAUCUCCUCGACCCAUACCUGAAGAUGACGGAGGAACAAGACAAGUGUCUCUCUGAUGCCCCGAGCCCGAGUAUGUCCGAGGACUCCGCGGGCUCUCCGUGCCCGUCCGGCUCGGGUUCCGACACCGAGAACACCCGGCCGUCGGAGAACGGGCUGCUCAGAGCGGAUGGAACCCUGGGCGACUUCAAGAAGGACGAGGAAGAUAAGUUCCCCGCUUGCAUCCGCGAGGCUGUGUCCCAGGUGCUCAAGGGCUACGACUGGACCCUGGUGCCUAUGCCGGUGCGCGUUAACGGAUCUACUAAGAACAAGCCUCACGUUAAGAGACCGAUGAAUGCCUUCAUGGUUUGGGCUCAGGCUGCACGUAGGAAGCUGGCGGACCAGUACCCACACCUGCACAACGCGGAGCUCAGCAAAACUCUGGGGAAACUCUGGAGACUUCUCAACGAAGGGGAGAAGCGGCCGUUUGUGGAAGAGGCUGAGCGCCUCCGGGUGCAGCACAAGAAGGAUCACCCAGACUACAAAUACCAGCCCCGGCGCAGGAAGUCGGUGAAGAACGGACAGAGCGAGCCGGAGGACGGCAGCGAGCAGACGCACAUUUCCCCUAAUGCCAUCUUCAAAGCUCUCCAGCAGGCGGACUCCCCAGCCUCCAGCAUGGGAGAGGUGCACUCUCCUGGUGAGCACUCAGGCUCCCAGGGGCCCCCAACUCCACCCACCACCCCAAAGACUGAUGUCAGCUCAGGCAAGAUGGAUCUAAAGCGCGAAGGGGGCCUCCGCUCUCUGCCCGAUGGCCCCGGUGGGCGCCAGCUCAACAUCGAUUUCCGAGACGUGGACAUCGGUGAGCUCAGCAGCGAUGUCAUCUCCCACAUUGAGACCUUUGACGUCAACGAGUUUGACCAGUACCUCCCGCCGAACGGACACCCGGGCGUCCCUGGCAACACCACGCCAGUCAGCUACACAGGCAGCUACAGCAUCAGCAGUGGUGCCCCAGUCAGCCCACAGGCGGGAGGCGCCACAGCCUGGAUGGCUAAAAGCCAGAACCAGCAGGGACAGCAGCAGCACACCCUGACCACCCUGGGGAGCAACGGCAGCUCAGAGGCAGCUCAGGCCCAGCACAGGACCCAGAUCAAGACGGAGCAGCUGAGUCCGAGCCACUACAGCGAGCAGCAGGGUUCCCCGCAGCACAUCGCCUACAGCCCCUUCAACCUGCAGCACUACAGCCCCCCCUCUUCCUCAUACCCAGCCAUUUCCAGGGCGCAGCAGUACGAGUACUCUGACCACCAGGGGGGCAGCACCACCGCCUCCUACUACAGCCACGCGGGGGCGGGGCAGGGCUCUGGGCUGUACUCGACUUUCAGCUACAUGAGCAGCCCCAGCCAGAGGCCCAUGUACACGCCCAUAGCCGACAACACGGGGGUGCCCUCCAUCCCCCAGAGCAGCCCGCAGCACUGGGAGCAGGCUCCGGUUUACACUCAGCUCACCAGACCCUGAGCUGCCUGGCAGACUGAGAGACAACACACACACACACACACACACACAUAAUGACAUGUACAGCCACACACAUCCAACCAUACACACACAGACACACUCCAAAACACUUUACUCCAGGGAGAGUUCUUCCCCUGAAUCAGACACUUGAAUUCAAAGAAGAGGAGAGCUGGACUUGUGAUUGGCUCACAUCGUGCCUUGCUAUUGUACCAUGAUAGAAACUAUAUAUAUAUUUUUAGAGAGAUGAAAAGACUUAAGAAAAUCCUCUGUGAGGACUUAUUGAUUGUUGAUAUUUCAGUAGGUACUGUGUAUGUUUCUUAUUGUUUUUUUUUUCUUCAUACGCUGGCAGUU